AUGUCUGUCGUGAUGAGCAUCAAGCUCGAAGUCGAGGAACAGGAUAUAUCACUAGCUUCCCCCGAUCUGAACCUGCCACUUUCUUUUGACCAUAGCCACACGAACAUCAUCCAGCUUGAAGAUCAAAUAGACUCGGAUACGCAGUACACAGUCGAGGAUAUCCUUGUCGCCUUUGCGCCGCCAUCAGUUAGUCAGGAGUCUCAUCCUUCCCGCAGACCGUCAUCAACCAUGUCAUCGUCGCGUUCCGGCCGUUCGGGAGGGUCAUCAAGCCACCACCGUAGCUCCAAGAGUAGCAAGAAACCAAGGGCGGUUCAACGCUCAAUCCAACAACUCAUCGAGUCCCUAGAGACGCACAGAGUCAACACCCUCACAGAGCUCUGCCGUAUCGAGCGCGUGGCGGCUACCUGCGAGAACGAGGAAGACGCUCUAGCCUUCCAAGGACCCAUGACCGCCGCCUGGGACUACUAUGUGAACAGCAAUCAGUUUCUCACGGAACUCCGCGGCCUGACACGGAGCUACCCCCUCUGCAGCGACCUCCUCUACGACGCUCACGUCCGCGUGCGCAACGAUCCCAAUUCGAACAAGAGCUGGAACCUGGCCUGGUUGUGUCUUGUCAAGAUUCAGGAAGAUGAUCUCGUGUCCGGAUACGCGGCUCUGGAGGCCACCAAGCCCGAGAUGUGGGGAGGUCGCGAGCCCUCUACCGAUGAGGCGGCCCAGCUCGGCGCCUGCUUCGAAUAUGAAUGGAACAAGGCCGUCGACACGAUGUUGCGGCACUGGUCCGUUCCCCCGACGUGGUUUUAG